AUGAAAUUGAUCAACAGUUCACAUUCACAAGAUGAUCUUCCGCCACCGCCAUUGGUUCUCCACCGCCUCCGCCCUAGGACUCUAUCUCCUCUAUCAGGCACUUCUCGCUUUGCAUUAUCCGCGACUGUAAUAUCCGCUGCCGCAAUUCUUGCUGCAUCAUCCGUUAUCAUAUUUGAUGACAGCGAAAUUAAGGAAGAACAAGCGAAGAAGAAACGUUUGCUUGAUGAUUUCGAACACGCGAUUGACCGGUCGAAGGAGUCGUUUAAGAGAGUUGUGAAUACGAUGAAGCAUACCGGCGUUGCGGCGUCGGUUCUAUGGAAAUCUCUUCGUUCGGUUUUGUCUUCGGCUAACCAUGAAGUUUGGUCAGGGUUUGAGGUUAGGGUUGCGGCGUUAUUGGCGGAUAUUGUGGCGGCAAAUGAGAGCCGGAGGGCUGCGAUUGUUGGUGCUGGCGGUGGUGUGGUGUUGGAUUGGUUAUUAGAGUCGGUGGCAUUGUCCGGAGGGGGAAAUUAUGGGACUCAGGCCGAGUCGGCUAGGGCUUUAGCGUACUUGAUUGCUGACCCUAAUGUGUCGGAGGCGGUUCUUGGGAGGCCUCAUGCCAUUCCCAAUCUUCUCAGGUUCAUAUUCUUUGCUCAACCUCAUCAAUCCAAAAAGCACCCAAGGCGAAGUUCAUUUAACAUUUCUGACCCUUCAAAAGGAAGAAGCAUGCUUGUUGCAGCAAUCAUGGAUAUUGUCACUUCCAAUUGUGACAAUGUGGACAAAAUCAAACUUAAGCCCAUGCUAUCAGGAACUGCAGCAAUGAGAGAUAUUGCAGCUGCACUUGAAGUUAUUGAAGAAGGUGGCAUGCACAUGGAUGAGCCACCUGGCAGCAGCCAGGAUGAUGAUGAUGGAACUGGAUUAAAGGGCAUUGGAAUGGAAGUUCUUGGAGGCACUUCAAUUGUAGGUCUUUCUACAAGCAAUCGAUCAAUGGAGUUAGAUGAAUCUAAAGCCACUCACAACUCAUCAUCUUUCAACAAAUUAAACAACACUUCUUCUGUAAACACAACUGUUAUCCCUGGACUAUGGGAUGAUUUGCAUUCACAACAUGUUGCUGUUCCUUUUGCUGCAUGGGCUUUAGCAAAUUGGGCAAUGGCAUCAGAUGUAAAUAGAUCCCAUAUCCAAGAACUCGACUUCAAUGGACAUGCUGUCAUGUCUGCAUUGAUUGCUCCUGAAAGAUCCGUGAAAUUUCACGGGAGUUUAGUAGCUCAGUUGUUGUUAAAAGACGAAAAUCUCCCCAGAGGCAAUCUUGUCAAAAACACUGUUGGUGUGGUGUUCUACAGUUGCCCACAUUUUGGUAGUAAACUUGCAGAUAUGCCCUGGCGAAUGGGUUAUGUCUUUCGCCCUGCACCAUUGGAUUGGAUUAUAGGAGAGUUGAGAAGUGGGUCCACAAGAUUAGUGGAGCUUAAUGAUUUUCUUCACGAGCUACAUAAAAAAGGAUCUCUUGAUGUUCUAAGUUUUUGCGAGACAAAAGUGACUCCAAUAGUUGAAGGGUAUGGGGGAUGGGCUUUUCGAUUGGAAAUAGUACCAAUUGAAUCUGCAUAUCCUGGAUAUGGGGAACUUGUUCAAAGCUAUGCUAGAGCAACAUUGUUGAAUAUCUUCUGUAAUGAUGAUGAUGAUGGAAAUAGUGGCUCUAAAACUAAAAAUCAUGGUUGUGCUCGUUAUGGUGAGACGGUUUUUUUGAUCAACCCUGGAAUGAGUCAUUGGGAAUGCUCUGGAAAAGGAAGGAAUAAUGAUUCUGAAGGUGGAUUAGAGAGUCCUUCACUUGAUGUUAUUUUUGUUCAUGGGCUUCGUGGUGGGCCCUACAAGACUUGGAGGUUAUCUGAAGACAAGUCAUCAUCUAAAUCUGGGCUUGUGGAAAAGAUUGAUGAAGAGGCAGGAAAACAUGGGACUUUUUGGCCAGGGGAGUGGCUUUCUACUGAUUUCCCUCAUGCACGUUUGUUUAGUCUUAAGUACAAGACGAAUCUUACACAAUGGUCUGGAUCAAGCUUGCCUCUUCAGGAAGUUAGCUCGAUGCUGUUGGAAAAGCUUAUUGCAGCACGUAUUGGAGAUCGACCUGUUGUAUUUGUAACUCAUAGCAUGGGGGGAUUGGUUGUGAAACAGAUGCUACAUCAAGCAAGUGCAGAAAACAGAGGCAAUCUUGUCAAAAACAGUGUUGGUGUGUUACAGGACAUGAGUAUCGGCACAUCAUGGAACAUUUAGGUUAGUUGUUGUUUUUCCUCUUGGUGAUCCAUCAAUGAAGUGGCCAACAUCAUGUAAUAACAUUUUAGGGGAAGAUGUAUGUAUAUGUUUUUUUAAUGAAUAAUGUAAUCAUAUGUAUGAAUAUAAAAUACAGUUUGUUAUUUGUAUGACAAAAAAUUUUAUGUAAUGGAUAGUA